CCCGCGGAUAACGGAACAGUUAGUGGCGGAGUUUCGAGUGUGUCGGUUGUGCGGCAGCGGAAUAACGGUAUUCUUCCAGAAAGCUAACAUCCAGCCCAGGACAAUAAAAGAAACAUUCGAGCGAAAGGGAAUGAUGAAGUGGAAAAAAAAUCAGUGAUUCCUAAAAUAAACAAACAAAAAUACAUAAAAACGAUACGCAAAGUGCCAAAAGAAAGCAGUGACUUUGGAAAAGGCCAAGGAAAGUCAAAGUCAUGAUUUGAGCUGGGAACGAGAGUUGCAAAUGCAAAAACAACAAUGAGAUGCUGGCACAAUGCGGCGAGGCGCAAGAAGAAGAGCCUGGCGGUGGCAGAGGACCGACAUCCACUAGAGAGAGUCUGCCAGCGACAGCAACAAGUGGCCAACGGCACUUUGCGAGAAAUAAGAGGCGUGCCUUCGCUGUUGUUAGUGCUGCUGCCGAUGGUGCUGCUUGUGGCAGACGCAGCAGCUGCAACAACAAGCCCCGAGGCCACCGCUACAACAACAAAUGGCAAUGCGACGACAACACCAACCGGAUCCGGAGCAGGAAUAACAUCAUUCACCACAGCAACAUCAUCCGCACCACCAGCUGUGGCGGGAAAAUCGUCAAAUCCCUGGGGAAAGUCUGAGGUCCUGGACGAUCCCUUUAAGAAUAUAAUACGAAUUGGAGAUGGCAAUACAGUCACAAGGGAGGCCAUCGAACAGUCUCUGGUGACGGUCCACGACAUUGCCACCGAAAAUUUGGGCACUCUUUGCAUCUCAACCCUGUUCCGACCCCUAAAAGUGCCAAUCAACUCGGAGCGUUUUGAGAGCUCCAGACAGAAAGCCGAUUUGGCCGCUUCGAUACUCCAGGAAGUGGGCAUCAUUCGACACGGCGGACUCUCGGAUGCCUUGGCCAAGGGCCUGCUAACCGAUGACUCCAUAACAGGGGCUCGCAUCUUGGCCCUGAAUCUGACCAACGGAGCGGUCCAGUCGUAUGUUUGGUGGGUCGACGGGGGACAGCCGGAGACGCAGCGGUACGAGGAGGAGGGCCUACAGAUCGGCAAAAAACCCUCCAGCAGUUAUCCCUGGUUCGACGACGAAACCAGCUCACCCACCCUGCGGUCGCCGAAGUUCGCCCCCAGCCCGCCGAACAAUUACUACAAGGGCUGGUGGACGUUCCCGUACUUUUCCUGCUCCCUGGGCCGCUGGCUAGUGUCCUACAGCAUCGCAAUCCCUCCGAGCGGCCGCCAUGGGCUACGAGGCUUCAUCAGCAUCGACAUCGACGUCACCACGCUCCGGGUAAACCAGUGCGAGGCAGAGCCGUACCACUUUGGGAGUCGCCGCCAGAAGCAACAGCAGCAACGCUUGGCGACUCGCCGGUCUCCGUUCCUGGCUAGCAGCCGGCCUGUGGGAGGAUUCGUGGCCAGUCAGGAUGAGGCCACUAUCAAUGACCUGCAGGCAUUCCACAGCUCCCACAAGUGCCAUCGCGAGUCAAUGAUGUGCGAUUACCGGCAACCGACUGCGGAAAGUGCAACAAUCGGUGGAGGCAAGUUGCUGACCACAAUGGGCGGGAGCAGCAGCUGGGCCAGGGGCUCUUACCAGUGCCUCUGUCGCAGGGGAUUCUACUCCCUGCGUCACCCGGAUGGCUUCAACGGCACCAUCAUGGAGAUCGCCUGGCAGGAGCAGCAGGACAAUAUAAGCAACUACUACACGGAUGUCUUCAAGUGUUUGUCCUGUGCCCCCGGCUGCGACACGUGUACCGGUCCGGAGCCAUGUCUGGCCAACUUCAAUUGGCCGUUCAGAAUAUCCUUGCUGACCAUCUCCAUUGGCUGUGCGUGUGGCACCUUUAUCCUUGCCGGCUACCUCUUCCGGCACCGACGUGUCAAGGUCUUCAAAGUGGCCAGCCCCAUCUUCCUGAUGAUCACGCUCAUCGGCUGCGCCAUUAUGUAUCUGGAGAUGGUAGCCAUUUUUCCUUAUCUGGACAUGAGCUGGUGUAUUGUUACCAAAUGGACUCGCCACAUGGGCUUUUGCAUCACCUACACUUCGCUUCUGAUGAAAACUUGGCGAGUAUCUCUAACAUACCGGGUCAAGUCGGCCCACAAGAUCAAACUGAAUGAUCAGCAAUUGUUGCAAUGGAUGGUGCCCAUACUCCUGGUAAUGCUCAUCUAUUUGGGCACUUGGACUAUAUCAGCUACUCCGUAUGCGGAAGUGAUAUACGACCAAAACCACUUGAAAUUCAAGCAGUGCUCGUACAACUGGUGGGAUCACAGUCUGGCCAUCGGCGAGGUGUUCUUCUUGGCCUGGGGAAUCCGGGUCUGCUACAACGUCCGGAAUGCGGAGAGUCUCUACAACGAGGCGCGACUCAUUUCGUAUGCCAUUUACAAUAUAGCCAUUGUAAACAUAGCCAUGGUGGCGUUCCACGUCAUGCUGUUCCCGAAUGCUGGCCCUGAUUACAAGUAUGCUCUGGGAUUUGUGCGAACCCAGCUGUCCACAACAACCACUAUUGCUUUGGUGUUUGGGCCCAAAAUACUCCGCGUAUUCAAAGGUCAGGGCGACAAAUGGGAUCAGAAGGCCAAGGUAAGGAGCAUAACGGCUUCCUUUUCCCUCAAUGGAGUGGGUCUUGUGCCAGAGGAGUCCCCAGACUUGUACCAGGAGAACGAGGAGCUCAAGGAGCAAGUCCAGAAGCUGGCUCACCAAAUCGAGUUCAUGAAGACUGUACACAUGCAGAUGAACAACAGGCAUCUGAAGCCGAAGCCGGGUGGAUAUUUUACCAUAACGUCGACCUCUUUCCAAGCGCCCUACAGCAAAAACACGGUUUCCACGGCGCAAACCCAGACUGGCAAGGACGAAGCCAGCGGCACGCCAACAAAACUCAAAUCGCCAAAGGGCAAAGUCUGACGAGGUCAACGAAGUGUUAAAGAUUGCUCAAUGGAGGUGGAGGAUGCUGCGAUUGAUUUUAGUUUCCAGCAGGCAGAGUCGGAGGAGAUGCUGACCACCAUAGAGGGAGCCACUAGGGAGCCAAGACCAGAUGAGGUGCUCUUGAUCGACCAGUUCCAGCGCCUGUUUGCGCCCAUUUUGGACGACAGCCUGAGGCUGUACUACCAGCUGAAUGACUAUGACGACGAGGAGGCGGAGCACGUGAGGAUCCACCAGACGGUGGCGCAGUUGAGUGAGACGACCAGCAGCGAGGAGGAGGCCACGCAAGUGACCAGGGUAAACACUCCCACACCACCGCCGGCGGACGUGGAGCUCCUGCUUCCGUCUUCCAGCGACAGUUCCACGGCUAGCAGUUCCCUCUACGCGAUCCACACCCCGUCGCCGGCUCAUCCCAGUGGUCUAGUCCUGACGCCCCAGAAUCUGGAGUCGUCCUUGCUACUAUCUGGGAGUGAGACCCACACAGUCACCGAGCUAGUGCAGCUGCACAAUCCGCCGCAGGACCUGCUGGCCAUCGAGGAUGAGAACAACACAUCCUGCUCGCUGUCGUCCAACUUCACGGACAGCAAGACUCUGGACGGUCGAACGCCCAUCGUGGUGUGAUUAGUUCCCCCGAUCUGCUUAAAUUGUGAUUUUGUUUACAGUCUUAGGAGCAACAGCAAACAGUUAGAGGAAAAGGAACAGCUUAAUGUUAAAUAUAGUGUUAAAUAAUG